AUGCCACAUAUCUUCUCUCAAACACCCAGGAUGGCUCCGGCUGGGUGUCCUUCAGUUCUGCCUGCAGGCAAGAAUAUCUCUCUAAGUGUCAUUCGAGUGAUAGUGAAGACACCAGGCAAGCAGAAAGACUUUAUGGUAGCUGAAGAUACCUUGGUAAGGCAGUUUAAGGAGAAGCUAUCGGCUUACUUUAAAUGCCAAAUGGACCAAUUAGUGCUGGUCUUCAUGGGCCGUCUUCUCAAAGACCAUGACACACUGAGUCAAAGGGGCAUCCUAGAUGGCCACACCAUCCACUUGGUCAUCAAAUCUAAACAAGGAUCCAGAUCACUGGCCCAUUCCUCCCGGAGCCUGCUGACCAACGAGCCCUGCUACCUAGACAGAAACAGCAGAGGAAAUAGCAGUGGGGUAUACCACCCUGCUGGUGUGAGUCACACCCCAGUGGAAUCAGCCCCCUCUGUGGAGCCUGAUGCAUCUCAGGUGCAUACCCAGCACCUGGAAGUGGGAAGUCCAGAGAACACAGCACAGGUCCUGGAGAAUCCUAGCAUCCAGCGGCUUCUGUCCAACACAGAUCUCAUGAUACAGCUCAUCUCAGAGCACCCAGACAUGCAACAAUUGAUGCAGCAGAACCCAGAAGUCUCACACAUCCUUAACAAUUCUGAGACCCUAAGGCAGAUUUUGGAGCUGGCCAGGAAUCUUGCCGUGAUUCAAGAGAUCAUGCAGAUCCAGCAACCUGCACAGAACCUUGAGCAUCCACUGAACCCACCAUCACAGCUGGAUGGAGAGACAGUCCCAGGCAGGUCCAGUACCUUGGGUCAGAGCCAUGCUGAUUCCAAUGACCAAAUGCCCAACAGCUCACAAGAUCCCUUUAAGGGUAACAUUUUCACAACUCUCCUGGGAGGACAAGUGCUGGAACAAGUCCAGUCUUCAUCCCCGUCUCCACCAUCACCCCAGGAAAGGCAGGACAAGCUCCCUAAAACCCAAGUCAUCUAUACUCGUUCUUGUGGUUUAUCUUCAAUUACUUCAGACAGUGCUACUCCCAACAAGGUGAAUCAUACUUCUAGGGCCAAUGCUGCCACCAAUUCCAGCAAGGGCCAGAGUCAUACCUGUGCCGUUCAGCAGCCAGCUGGGGUACCCGCCUUACCUAGCAUAGAGAUCACCCAGCAGCCCCAGGCAGAAGACAAAGAUGACACCAUUUCUCUAGAUAGAUCUGACCAGAGUUUGGAGGAUGAGCAGACCAGCUCCCAGAUCACAGGAAGCAUGAUGCAGUUGCUUUUGAACAACCCCUACCUGGCAGUCCAGAUGAUGUCAUUCAUGAGUAUGUCCCGGCUGAGUGAACAGUGGAGGCAGCAGCUACCCACCUUCCUGCAGCAGACACAGCUUUCUGACAUACUUACAGCCCUCGCCAACCCUAAGGCAUCGCAAGCAAUGCUGAAGAUUGAGCAGAGUCUGCAGCUACUGGCCACCGAGGCGCCUGUUCUUCUGCCCUGGGUUGCACCUUACCUCUGGGGCCUGGGCUGGCUUCCUGCCCCCAGCUGCAGCUACCCUGAGACAGAUCCUUGGGCCUGGGAUGUGCCAGAUAUGGCUGAGCCCAAAGGGCCUGAGUGCUGCCACAAAUCUGGGGCAGUCCUACAGAAGCUACAAUCUCUCGCUGGAGAUCCUUCCCACCUUCCACAAGCCCCUGAGCUUCGUUUCAGCAAGCAAAUGGAGUAUCUUCAGGCCAUAGGAUUUGAAAACCACCAUGCCAAUCUGGAGGCACUCAUUGCCACUGAGGGGGACACCAGUGCUGCUAUUCGCAAGCUCAAGAGAUCCCAGGGUUUCUAA